CGGCUCCCAUAUGACCGGUUUCGGCGGCCGGACGAGUUGCGUGUCUCGUCUCGUCGUCUGGAUCCGCUCGUGGCUGGUGCUGGUUCCCUCGCCGCUCGGCAUGGACCCGCCUCGGCUUCGCUUCCGACCGCCGUUCUUCUACGGCUGCCUUCUCCUCCUGCCCCUGCUGCUCGACGGCCUGGUUGUUUUCCAGACCUACGCAGUAGAUUUGGAGGUAAAAGAUGACUUCAACGUGUCUUGUCUGUUUGCAAAAUGGAUGAUGAAAUUUUCAAUAACCUACGAAGGAACCGAUGAAUCUAAAACAUCUAUUUUUAUGCUCCCGGAAGAUGUGAGGUACAUCGGAACCUCUUGCGGGAAUGAAACCUCUGGCCCAGUCCUUUCCAUUGAGUUUGGGGAAGGAAAUUCUUGGACCAUCCAUUUUACAAAGACCAAAGACGUUUACCAAGGAAUCAUCACCUUUGUCUAUAACACCGGAGAUGGAGUGUUCUUUCCAGAUGCUAAAAGGAAGGAACGAAUAACCGUUGAGGCCAGUUUUCCUGCCAACCCAGUUCCGCUAAACACGGCCUUUAGUUGUGACACUGAAGACACGGUGAAAAGUGGCGAUGUGACCCAGACGUUCCAGAGUGUGACUCUGCAAGCUUUCCUUCAAGAUGGACGCUUGAGUAGCCAAAAGACUCUGUGUGAUAAUGACGCCACAGCGUCCACUGCUCCCGCAGCCAGCAAAUCCAUCCUCCUGGCCGCCAUCACGGGCACUCCAGAGUUAAACGCCACAGAAACGCCAUCUUCCCCCACCGUCCAACCAGAGGAGAAACCUGCCACAGGAAGCUACACCGUCAAAUCUGGCCUGGUUACCUGCAUUUUAGCCAACAUGGGUUUGCAGCUGAACGUCACUCAACAGGUUUCACAAGUUCCCACCAUGAUUAACUUUAAUCCAAACAGCACGGUGGCUACCGGUAAUUGUGGCAAGACAACCGCCGUGCUUCGGCUGAGUGACGGUAACAUGAAGGUUGAUUUCCUCUUUGCUGUGAGAAAUUCUACGAUUUCGGAAAAAUUCUAUCUGAAAGGAGUGGAUAUCACUGUAACAGAAUCGUCAAACGGGAUCUUUUCGGCCUCCAAUCACACCCUCAAUAACUGGGAAACCACCAUGGGGAAUUCCUACCUGUGCCGGAAAGAAGAAUCCAUCCAGGUGACCCCCAGCUAUAGAAUAAACAUCUUCGAUUUAAAGAUCCAGCCAUUUGACGUUGAAGAAGGGCAAUUUUCAGCAGCUGAAGAUUGCACCCCAGCGGUCGACUACUUCUUUGUGCCACUCCUGAUGGCAGUAGCCUUGGUAGGCUUAGUUUGGCUGGUGCUCAUGGCAUAUUGUGCUAAAAUUCGGCAUCGUGCUGGCUAUAGACAGAUCUAGAUCCCGAAAAACGAUGCAGGGUGAAGUCUUCCAUUUUCAAACUGACCAGAAGGAAGGAUUGGUGUUAUUUCUCGCACAUGCUUGUUCCUUUAAACAUUGCACAAAACGCCUACUCUACUGACAGAAGGAUGUUGGGGGUUAAUGGUUGUUGAAUUGGUGGCUUAUUAAGAUAAGCUGGAAGAGAUUUCUUCUGCAUUUGGAAUUACACCAACAGAAGCAUAUUCUCUUUCUUAGAAAGGACCUGCUCAUUUUGGGGAGGAUUUAAAUGUGACCAAUGCUGUAAUCUUAAUAUGUUCAUAGCAUCAUUUUGUCAGGCUCCAAAAGGAAAGAAGACUUAUACCAAAGCCUCAAGAAAAGAGAUGCAGGGCGCGUGAUUCUUCUGAAAGACUUUUUAUUCUGUACCGAUGCUUUGCCCCCCUUAUGAAAAAGUGUGUUAUUCCUGAAAUGGGGAGUUUUGCAAAAUGCUGUUGAUGUUGCUUUCUCUCUCUAACUAAAGCGUUUUUGAAGAUGUCGAAAUACUGUAUCCCGCAUUUGUUUUCUCUGCUUCGGUUAACCGUCUUGCAAAGAAGCCAGCCAGAAUUGCAAAUUCAUGCAAAAGUUGACGGUCUUGCGAUGUGUGUGUGUGGUGGGGAGGGAUGUUGAUGGCUGGAAUCAGAAAGAUCAGGGGCUCCCCCAAUUAGAUCUAAUUCAGAGUUGCUGGAAGUUUGGUGACGUAUAUAUUUAUUAUAUUAUUACCAUUAUGCUUCGCCUCAAAGUCUGCAGAUGUUUGGGCUGGAUUUGGCCUUUUUUUAAUCUACCUCUUGUCCUUCCCAAGGACCGGGGAUAGACAGAAGUGAUUUGAUGGUGUUAAAAGUAUUGUUGCAGGAUUUAAGCUUGUCCAAGUAAAGCUACCUGUUUCAAUGGACUGAAAAUGAUGAGGAUAAUUUUGUCCUAAACAUUAGAGGUUCGAUACCAAUUUUGCCUAUUAUUCUUGAAACUGAAACUCUGCAUUCCAGGCUACUUAGGCUUCUUUACUGUGUCCCUAAUAGCAAUAGCACGUAGACUUAUAUACCGCUUCUCAGUACUUUACAGCCUUCUCUAAGCGGUUUACAGAGUCAGCACGUUGCCCCCAACAAUCUGAGUCCUCAUUUUACCGACCUCGGAAGGAUGGAAGGCUGAGUCAACUUUCAGCUGGUCAGGAUCGAACUGCUGGCUGUUGGCAGAGUUAGCCUGCAAUACCGCAUUCUAACCACUGCGCCACCAGGGCUCUUCAAAUGCACACGGUGAACAACGGUGGGGCAAACGACCUACAUUAGGCAGUCUAAAAACAGAGAGCCAGGAAAAAGCUGGCAAGGUGGAGAGAAGGAAUGGCCUUAAGAUUUUACACGCGUAUGUUUAAAGCUCGGUUGUGACUUGGAAAGAAAAGAAGCUGGAGAUCUUGUUUUCCAUCGGUGAAAGCGAUCCUUUUGCACGACAUCCUGGCGGCUGAUGCUGAAUCUCCCAUUUCCCUCCACUUCUGUAAAAGAAAACCCAAGAAGUUUGCCCUUCUGCAGAUGCUCAUUCUCCUUGAGGUUGGCCAAAGGGCCUGCCUCCAUUCAUAAGAACACUUUGAUCCUGUGUACCAUGGACCAUAAGCUGCUGGAGCAUCUGGUAGGUAUUCAUUUGGGAAACUCCGUCAACCAGGAAGGCAACUUUUAGAGCCAAGUGGUUAAGACCAGCCCACCAGCCCCUACCCACCAUAAAGAAUAGCUUUGCCUAUUUGUACUCCUGCUCAUUGAUCUUCCAAUACUCACUUUGGUCACUAACUAACCUUCUGCCUCUUCUUUUGUUUUGUUUUUUUUCCCAUCUUUAUCUCUGCAGCUGAAGAAUGUAAAAGCUCUGAUAUCCUCUUUAUCAUCCCUGUUGUGGUGGGUGUGGUGACUGGCGUCUUGGUUAUUGUUGGCUUUGUGAUGUUCAUGGUUUCCAAACGCAAGCACCAAGUUGACUAUCACCCUGUGUAAACCCCUCUUCCCUUUUUUCCCUUCCCUUCCUCAGCCCGUUUUCUUCCCUUAUUUCCCCCUCUGCAUUUAUGUGAUACUUCGAUGUUGUUGUUGUUUUUUUGAAAAUAAAUAAUAAAAAAGAAAACCACCCUA